CAAAACAGCUGUCGCAUAUACAAGUACACUAGCACAGCCAGCAGCGACGCAGGCCGAUGGGCACGAAGCGGAAGGCUCCCUCCUUCGACCCGGACAGGAUAUGGGCAGAACUCAAGCGCGAUGCGUUCUCGUCCAAGAAAAUCGCCGCACUUGUCAAGAGCGGCAUCCUCAGCAGUGAGUUAUGGCCAAUGGUCAAAGAUCACGAUAGUCAAGCUCCUUUAUUGCUUACCGCAAUACUUGUCCAAAGCCGGGUUCAAGAGACGAAUGAUCCAGAGAUUGAAUUAAGUCGUGAUGGCGUUGGCAUUGUCAUCCAGCAUAGUCUAGCAGGGAUGCUAGACGAGAAUCUCUCGAUGAGGGCCCGUACUCUUCUCGGCCGAUUCGUCCUUCUGCUAUUCCAAAAUCUGCAUCUCGAUGGUGUUAGAGAGAAGAUACAGCCGCUUGUGUCAAUUUCAAUAUGGUCCAACUUGCUAGAGACUUAUCGCGAGGAGCUUUUCAAGCAAACGCCAGUGCUGCGUAAACGCUAUGUCAAAAGUCUGAAGAGCGUGGACCCCGCUGCGAGCAGAUGGAUCGCCAUUCUCUUGACACAGACGGUGCACCUACUACAUCUGCAGCGAACAGAUGCCGAGACAAUUGAGUUUGCUGAGACUGUCCUCCAGCUCUUUGUGCUUCUCCUGCUUCAAUUACCGACCCGUCGCUACACAUACUUCCUGUUCGUCGAUCUGCAUGCAUUCGCCCUGCUGGAGAAUGCCACUCGAAUGCUACAAGCAAACAGCAAUGCUUUACGUGCAGGUCUUGCUGCAUUCAGACAAGCUUUGAUGUUACCAUAUGACAAUAUCGCUGGGCGACCCUUGACGGACGCUGAAGCAAGGGCAGAAUGUAAUUCUCAUGUCAACAGAAUGCAGCGUAUCGCUUUUACGAAUCACAAAGAUGCCCUUCCACUUACUGCUCUUGCUCAUCACGAUGCCGCAACAGAUCCUACGGAAUUAGGGGAGCACUUGAGUUCUCUACGUACCGAAGAAGUACACGAGUUCUUUAGGGAGUGCUAUGUGCGAACUGAUCUCCUCGACCUACCACCCGAGCGCCCGUUACUGAUCAAAAGUUUCAUUCAGCGCUAUGUAUCACCUCUCCAGAUGCGGCCACUUUUCCAGGAUCCAGUCACGCCAACUGAAGUUCAUCUCGAUGCUGUCAAUUUCCAGAUACCACGCACUCUCCAGUAUCUGUCGCUGCAGGAUCUGGUACUCCGCGAGUUGAAUCACUGUCGAGACAGGUAUUACACUACUCUUCGGAAUGAACUGUCGGAGACUUUGACGCGAAUCGCGCCAGUUGUACAAGGCGACAAGCUGACGAUGCGAGGUGAAAGCAAGAACGCCAAAUUACUCACCAAGCCUCCCGUUAUUUUGGAGGUCUUGCCACCAAGAAUUGGACAACGCCACCCAGAACUUGUCAGGGCUGAGAUCAAGCUCACUUUAGCUGACAGCUGGGCGGAUCUGCAGGCAGGGCAUCUCUUAUCGUUUGUGGGACUUGGCGAAAAUGAGGCUCAAAGUUUUACGUUGCGCCAUUUGCGGACUGCAUUUGUUGAGGAGAUUCUGUCUGCUGAUGGGAAGCCUAUCCGAGAUGCGAAUCAGCAGAGUCAUGGGCAGGGUCAAAGAAUUGUUCGCUUGCUCAUGGACACAGACGCUUAUGAGGUAGAUCGUCGAGCAGACAAGGUCGAUGAAGUCUACUCGGCACUGCAGAUUGUGGUUCAACGUCCCAAGAGCACAAGGUCAAACAAUGAUCAUCUCCUUCUGCAGCAUCUGCAGAGCCUUGGAACUGCUGCUCAGAGUCCGAUCGCGGAAUCUUUUGUUGAUUUACUGAUAGGCCUGAAUUCAGAAGGGCCGCCCAUCUCGAAUGCCCCUACUGAUCAUCAACAAGAAAAGCCUAUCUUGAAGCUAGCCGAGCCUCAGCUGAAGGCAGUCAAUCAUUGCCUCAACCAUUCCGUUGCACUUAUUGAAGGUGUGGCAGGGUCUGGCAAAACAACCAUUUUGACAGAAGUGCUGCAAGCACUUUACGCUAAGCACGAUGCCAAGACUCUUUGUGUCGUGGCGGAUGUUCAAUCUGCUCAUGAGAUGGAAGCCCGACUACAAAAGAUGGGAGUCGCCGGUCGGCACAUAUUCAAUUCGACCAAAUCUGGACUCUUUGGACAAGCGCGGGAAGCUCUGCGUCUAGUAGACGUGCAGCGAAGGGACGAAUUGAACAAAGUCACGAAGCUCGCUUCAAAGCUGGGCAUUCAUGGUGAUCACGGAGCUAGCUGUGAGGCUGCUGGCUAUUUUCUCUCCGCUCUUCAAGGGCCGCAUGCUACAGAGACAGCCAGACAGCAGGUGCAGGAAGCUGGUGGACUGCCAGAUACGCAACUACUUGAAGAGCUGAGGCCGCUGGAGUGUCUUCAAUUCGAUACCGCAAGAGAGUCUUACCUCCUUUCAACUCUUGCACGCAUCAUGAUUUUGCCAGCUUGUGAUCUGGUCGCCAGUAUAUCUGUCGUCCAAAAUGCUGGCUGCAAAUUCACGAGUCUGUUGCUUGACGAUGCAAAUGCUCUGGAGGAAUGCCAAACAUUGGUUGCUCUCAGUCUUACGGAUCCGGCCACGUUGCAUCAAGUUGUACUCUUUGGCAAUGACGGACAUCUGAGGCCGGCGACUCAGAGUCUCUUUUCUCGCUUAAUUAGCACAGGUGUGGCUCGCAUCACGCUUGAUGUUAUGCAUUCCAUGCGACCUGAGAUGACUGCCAUUAUGUGUCCUGGUGCUACCACUUCUUCAACCCAGCCCAUUGUCGCCAAUGCCGGACUCUCUCGUGUCUGCCAAAUGAUCAACGUGCCAACCUACAACGGCCAAGACGAGUCUGAACCCCGUCCUGGCGUCUUUCAAAAUCUGGGCGAGGCCGAAUUUGUGGUUGCACUGUACCAGUACAUGCGCUUGCUGAAUUAUCCGAGCGAAUCGAUCACUGUCAUUUGUUUGGAAAAGGGUCAGCAGGCUCUUGUCCAAGACAUCAUGAAGGUACGCUGCAAAGGCAAAGUAUUUGGUAUGCCAAAGGUUGUCACCGUGCAAGAAGGAUAUGCGCAUUCAUGUGACUAUGCGCUUAUUUCAUGUACUCGGACAGAGGCAGCUGGCUCUUUGCUCGAUCGGCGUCUUUGUGCCACUGCCUUGUCGAGAGCACGACUUGGAUCUUACGUCUUUUGCAGAGCAGAUGCAGUGCGAGCAAGUGGAUGUUGGCCUGGCAAGCUUGAGGAGAUGCUGCCACAGGAUGGGCUGCUGCAGCUUGUAUCAGGUGAGAUGUUUGGUGCCUGCAAGCGCAAGUCGAGUGAUUUGGGCGAGGCGGUGGCCAUGUCUGGCGUUGAGCAUCUGGGCCAGUAUGUGUAUGAGAUGACUCAGAAGAAGCUUGAAGUCGAGAGCAAGCGGACGUAGCGACUGCCCUGUUCCUUCAUCCAUACUGUAGUAAUCUACUAGCAGUAAAUCGCAU